AUGACAGAUACCUCCCCAGUCGCCAUCACGCAUCCAACCACGGAGCCUUUUCCGGUCACCGUCCCUCUGAACUCGCCCGUUGUUAACGGCACCAUUUCCGACUCGAUCGCCCCUGACGAGGAGGAACCGUACACCAUCAAAUGCAUCUGUGCGUUCGAGGAUGAUGAUGGUAACACGGUCUUCUGCGAAGGGUGUGAAACCUGGCAGCAUAUCGAAUGCUACUACCAUGGUCGGGAUGUGCCGGAAGUCCACAACUGCGUGGAGUGCGAGCCUCGUCCCCUUGACGGCCGGCGCGCCACUGAACGGCAGAAGCGCCUCAGAGAACAGAGCGACGGCGGUGACCGGAAAGCCAAGCGGUCUGGAGCGAAGAGUCAUAAGAAGAAGGCCAAGGAGCACGGCGAUCAAAUGAACGGCUUUCAUCACCGGUCAGAAUCGAGUACUCGGGAUCCGCCCCUUGCGAAGAAGGUCAAAACCAAUCAUCGCGCCUCUGGCUCCGUUAGCUCUAUGUCGGGUGUUCCCAACUUCCCCUCGGAUGCGCGCAAACGCGCAGCACCCUCCAUGAGUCCGACAAAGUCAUCAGGGCCCUCCAUACCCCUGUAUUCACAUGAGUUUCUUCAUCUUUACGACCAUGGCAAGGAUUACGCGAGCAUGGACAGCAAUCUGUUCGUUAACCUUCCUCUUGCGGCAGACUUGGCUUCCUGGGUUACGGAGCCCGCGGCUCUCGCCCGGAUUGCGAAUGGGCGCUCCGCACAAGACAUCUUCACGUGGUCUGGUGCAGCGCUUGACCGGUCACGCUGGCCUACAUUAUCUACUGAGAAAAUCACGGACUCGAACAUCGAGGUUGAAGGACGACACCCAACGUGGAAGGUCCUCAAGACUCGCGAUCGUGUGGGCAAGGAUGAAAUUGUCGGGGAGAUCACCGGCAAGAUUGGUCUUCUGCGAGACUACUGUCUUGAUCCCGGCAAUCGAUGGCAAGAACUCCGUCACCCAGAGCCCUUUGUCUUCUUCCACCCCCAGCUCCCAAUUUACGUCGAUAGUCGACAUGAGGGGAGUGUGCUUCGCUACGUACGGCGUUCGUGUCGUCCGAAUGUCACCAUGAAGACCUACAUCACGAACCAGGUGGAGUAUCACUUCUGCUUUGUUGCCAAGGAAGAUAUCGCUGCCGACUCCGAGAUCACUGCCAUGUGGUAUCUGGAUCCUCAGCUAUUUGAAUCAAGCAAUGGUCUAGUCAAGCAGGAACCCAAUGACAAUGCUCAAGAUAAUGCGGCAAUUUGCAUCAGUAAUGUCCUUGCCCACUUCGGUGGGUGCGCCUGUGUCCCUCCGUCAAAUUGCCUGCUGGCUAGCGUUGAUCGCCGACGUCACCCGAAUGUGGUGGAUGCUCUCGCGAAACCGGCGACCGUUAAACGGAAGAAGCCCAAGCCCAAGACAAAUAUAUCCCCACCUGCGGCUCUUAGCCGGGCGGGGAGUGAGUCCACCAAGAACCUAGAGGAAGACGAUCAGGCCGAUAACCGUUCUGCAUCAGGCUCAGUGCGCGGCCAGACUCGCAGUCGUGAUCUCACCCCUACGUUGCAGACUCCUACCGAAGGCUUCGUGCUUGGGGAAUCCGAACUUUCGGCCCGGGAAAAGCGCAAGAUUGCUGCGGCGGAGAAGAAGUUUCAACAAUUGGAGCAGGAUCAGCAGGCACUACACAGAAAGAGGAAGCGUACCAGUGGCCAAUCCACUCAAGGCGUGCGCGACCGCCAGUCACACUCUCCUCCAUCAGGCGGGCCCGUGGGCUCACUACCCGGAAUGCGUCACGCCUCGCCGCGCAAGACGUCUGGCAGUCACAGCACACCCCCUGUCCGGUCUCCGUUGGGACGUUCACAUUAUGUGGACUCUGCAAUGCAAACCGAACCGGAUACCAGCGAUGGUGUGCUCUCGCCUGGUCUGCCGUCACCACGACGACCAAGUUUCGUUCCUCUAACUCAACGCCUGCUGAAAAGAUGUUAUUCCGAUCGUGUUAGGCUCGAACAGAACAGUCCGUCGCCUGUUUCUCCUCGAACAAUCCUUGUUGAGCAUCAAGACUCGUCGCCGACUUCCAUGAGCCCACAUGAAGCAGCACCGUUGACAGCCACCACCCCCAGCGUGUCUGCAGAUCAACCGGAUACCGAGAUGAAAGAUGUCGAUUCGCCGGUGGAGACCUCGCCAUCACGGUCUUAUGAUAUACAUCUGGAUGCAUCCCCCCUGUCAGGACGGGGGUCGGUCAAGCCACCAUUGCCGCCUCCGUGGCCAUCAACUGCUGCCCACAACGCUCGGAUACCUAGCAACGCUAAACAGAACCACUGCAGCCCCGACCUUCAUAUUCCCGCUACUAUACCCCCACAUCCGUCAACCACCAGCCCGGGGCCUGUGGCGCCAUCGACGCUGUCAUCACCUUCCACCGAUGCAGCUUCACAAACCCAUGUUCCUACCACCCCUGUCUCUGGCGUGGCAGGCCCUAGUCCAGUGAAGAAGAAACUCAGUCUGGGUGACUAUCUCAUUCGAAGGGGCACCCUAUCCACACCUACGUCUGAGAAGACCCAAGCUCAGACCACCGCGAUGCCCCCGCCCACCCCACCUGCUCCGCCCCAGGUCAGUCGUGAUGGAGCGGCCACUGGACUCAAGUCAUACACCCAUACCAAGACGGCCGGGGAACCUGACAUGGCCAAGCCCGAUGAUCGGGUUGGCCAGAAUGUCACCCUAAAGGACAUUUCCGGGGUUACGCAGACCUCACACAUACCCUCAGCGACGUGA